GACAAAAAAGAAGUGGUAUUGAAGUGCGCAUGCCCAUGGAGGAAGCUCUAUACUUUCUAAUCUAAACCAAGCUGAACUCAACCCCUAGUACUACAGACCUAUGCUACAGACCAUCAUGAGACUGCCCCUGAUGGGAGGAGCAUGUACAGAGCUAAAGACAGUAGGGUGGAGCUCCAUUAAGUUUAAAGACAAACAUCAAACCGAGCGAAGUUUUUCUAAAAAGGAAGCAGACAAGAGAUUAAAAAAUGAAUGAAAAAGAUCCAACCACAGAAGGAAAUCAGAGUUCUGGAAGUGGACGUGUGGAUGGAAAAUGCAGCAAAGAGGAUUGGAUGAAAUUUCAGUGUCCCUUAUCUGACCCAAAAUUUUCCAAAGAUGACUUUAAGAAGACAUGGAAGGAAUGUCAGAACGAGAGCUUCUGGUAUAGAGCUCUUCCUCUGUCUGUCGCCAGUAUGACUGUGACUGGUGGCCUUAUGUACAACGGUGUGUGGAAUAAGUCAAAGCGAUUUGGGUAUUUCCCUAAACUGAUUUUGGCGGGUAUUGUAGGUUAUGCAGUAGGCAAAGCCUCUUAUAUCCCGACUUACAGAGAGAAGUUCAAAAAACUGGGGUUUGGUCCAGGGUUUGGACCUCCUGGAUUUAGAGCUGGUGGCUUUGGACCUGGUGGCUUUGGACCUGGACACAAGCAUUGCAUCCAUGUGUGUGAAAAAUGCAAGCAACAGGGUGCGGAGGCCUCCACAACUGCACUUGAUGCGCCCACUCAGAGCUGAGGGUCAUUCGAAUCAGGAGGACACGGUUCUUUACUUAAUAUUUAUACAAUGUGUUUUUUAAAUAAAUAAAAAUUUGCUUUAAAAAUA